AUGCCCAAAGCGCCCAAGGAGGCAUUCUAUGCCGUACGUAGAGGCGUCAAGCAAGGAGUGUAUGCCUCUUGGGACGAGGCGAAGAAGUAUGUUCUCGGGUGUCCAGAUGCUAGAUACAAGAAGUUCAAGACUCGCGAGGAGGCACAUGCGUUCGCGUUCCCGACGCAGAGCACCCCGACAACCCGCGUUGCCAUCAAGCGCGAGGCCUCGACGCAAGCGUUGACAAGCACUCCGUCGGCGUCUCAGGUGCCGAAGGUUGUGUUCUACGGAGUGCAGAAAGGUCGACAGCAAGGCGUCUUCGAGUCGUGGGACGAGGUCCAAAAGCAAGUCAGAAGCUACCCGGACGCGAAGCAUAGAUGCUUUUGCACGCGGCAAGAGGCGGAGGAAUACGUGGCGGGGACGUGGCAAUCCCAGCCCACGGAUCGCUGGAGCGAUACGCCCACCCAGUGCGUCAAGACCGAGGCAUCCGGUACAAAUCCCCUGGCCUCGGAAGAGGAGGAUUCCGAUUUCGACUUUAACGUAGGAUUCGGAGACGACACCAAUUCUGACUCUGACGUUGCGACCCCACCGACAUCGCCAUCCUCCAGGACGCACCACUCCACCACCAACUCAAAUGCCGAUUCUGAUUCUGACUCUGAUAUCGAGAUCCUCCCUGACGUCAAGCCUCACAUCGUUAAGCCUCAUCGGACUGCGGCCGUGACUACAGCAGCUAAGAACGCGCGUUUUCUCGCCAUCAAACAGGAGCUCGACGGACCCCCGCUCAGCCAAGUGCAGCAGUAUUUCAAAGACCUUCCCGAGAGCCAAAGCGUGCCCAAGCACAGCUACAUCGAGGCGUUUUAUGACCUGUCGCGACAGCAACGCUGGGACAAAGUCAGAUUCAAAGCCGAACGGUGGAAGUUCCAGUCCGCGUACGGUCGAGACUUCGACCAGAGGUACGGCACGGACCCUAACAGUCUCCAUUCCUGGCAACAGCUCUGUCGUGCCAUCGGCAUCCACCAGGAUGAGAUGCCGACGGACUUGUGGUCUUGUCGAGAGCUCGUUCACAACACGCAUGUUAACAUCUACGACCUGGUGGAUCAAGAAGACCUGGACACGCCAGUCCAGCAGUUCGCCACCGUCAGCGACCUUUCGGACUACUGUUACAACGAAAACAAGUUCUUUCCGUUGGAUGUUGCGAAGAGGGACACGUUAUUACAGCAUCUCCUCCGCGAAGUGGCGUAG